UUUUAGUUUUGUUCAUUGCGGGACAGUAAAUUCUGUUUGCUCUAGAUUCAACGCGAUGAUGGGGAAAUUUUUAGUAAAUAAAUUAGUAAAUAAAAAAAAUGCCAUGAUUAUAACGAUGCAGAAGGAGAAAAACUGCAAGCAUUGUGCGCUCCUGAGUUUCUUUCAAUCGUAAGGCUCUUAAGUGGGCUUCUGCAAAAAAAAAUGGACCAGCCAUAGCUCUCAUUUAAUGCUCUAUACCUUAGCCAGAAAGCGGUGGCUGUUUGAGCAGAAACUGAGGCGCCACCUUCAGUAAGGAUAGACUACAAUUUCUAAGGAGAAAUUGUAAUCUAUCGGCGUGACCGCUCCCCAUGCUGUCGCCCCUCACUCCGAAAUGAGACAGGUAAACUGAAGUUGUACUGUGUAUUUGAGUGUAUGUAUGUAUGUGUGCUUGUGCGUGCGAGUAGUACUGUUUGAACGCGCGGUAGUGCGACUUUCCUCCGUUAGAGAAGUUUCCGUCAGCAUUGCCAUUACAGCCGCGUACCACAACGGCCACCUGUUGCAGCCCUGACAAGAAGCUAACACAGCUGUUGGCUGCUUUUGCCAGAAGCUUAGUUUUCGCAGAAAAUUCCUGGUGACAAAAAGAGAAGGCGGACCUUGUUGCCCAACUAGCAUUUCUAGCGAUUCUUCUUUAGCUAGAAAUAAUCUUAGAACGCUAGCGGAAAAUUGCAAGACAUCUGGAAAAUUAGCGGUGCAUUGGCAGCGAUGCCUACAAGAGGGUUAUAACAAAUGAAGGGUACAUUGAUAAAGAUGAGUACGGUUUGUCGAUAAGAAUCUCCGUAGAUAUCUGUUCGGGCUAAAAACGAAAGCUGUACUUGCGCGUAAGUUAAUAGACACUGGAACUAGUGGAUAGCUAAAAUCCUGUUGCAAAUCUGCCGGGACUACUUGUUGGUUUAGAAAAAAUACUUUCGACUCUGAUAUUUGGAAUUAAUUCACAUGGUGUUUGGAAGUAAACGAGACGAUAGUGGUGGUGCUGGAACUCUAGUAAUUCUGGAUGACGGUGGUUUGGUUGAGUAUACCGAGAAGGCGGAAGAGGUCGAAGCGUACUUCGAAAAGCCGAGCGAUGCCACAGUCCCGAUUGGUGAAGCCGUCCAGGAGGCGCUCAAAUAUAUCGAGAAAAUUAUUUGUAACGACAUCACUCAAGUGCUUGACGACUUAUACAAAAGACGUACUAGGAGCGUGUACCAUGCUAUGGCAUAUGCGCACGUGAUGUUUUUGCGAGCUGGCCUAACCCUACAUAAGGAGGAUAUAGAGAAGGCGGUAGCAGCGUUGAUUGAGACAUCCACUUUUUGUCAUGGCCGUCGUAAACAGUCGUCAAUGGUGUACCGGAUCAUACUCCGAGAAAAUUAUAACUCUUACACAACUGAGCAAGUACAUGCCGAAUUGUGUUACGGUACCACCCUUCUCGCUGAGUCGAUCUUAACGAUGCUGCAAGACCCUUCAUUUCUAUCGGUUGUUCAUGGCGCUUUUAAAUUUCGUUCCUGCUAUCGUGCGUUCAAGGAAUGCAUAGCUAUUCUGAAAGAACGCAGCUGGGGCGAGAAUGAACAAAAGAUUCACUUUGAAAGCGGCGUUAUGCUUGGUGUUGGAGUUUACAAUCUCAUCAUAGCUUCGCUGCCCCAAAAGGUACUUAACUUACUUGAGUUCAUAGGUUUUCAUGGGGAUGAAGCUACUGGCGAACGAUUGUUAAUGGAACAGGUAGAAUCAUUUGAAGGCUUCAUGGCUGUGCUGAGCUGUUGCGCGCUCCUCAUUUACCAGACUUAUCUCUACUACAUUUUCGGAAAUGGAGACGCGGAUUUUGAGCUUAUCCAUAAAACUGUCGAAAAACUAACGACUAGGUUUCCUCAGGCCGCGCUAGGCUUAUACUUUGAGGGCCGCCUGCACCAGAUCAAUGGCCGAAUAGAAAGUGCUAUAGAAAAGUUCGAGCUUGCCAAUAAGGUCAUGGAUGAUUACAUUCCGUUUGAUGCUUUCUUCAACUGGGACCAUACCUACCUAUACGCAUUCGCUGGUCGGUGGAAUGAGGCCGAUGCCACCGUAGCGGCCUUACAAGAAAAAUGCAGCUGGUCAAAUGCAACUGCCAUAUAUGUUCGCGCAGCAUGCACCUAUAUGAGGGGCCUAAGUGAGAGUAACAAUCACGUCGUACCAGAGGAAAUUUUGGCGACGGUAACGUCGGCCAUGUCGGAAGUCCCGUCAAAGUGUAGGAUGGUUGCUGGCCGAACUGUUCCUAUCGAGGUGUUCUGUUCGAUGAGAUCACGGACCUUCCUUGAAAGGAAUCGUCUCAUUUUGCCUCUUUAUGAGCUCAUGUACCUUUGGGGCCACUUCAACAUGUUCUCCAAAAACAACGAUACCCUUAUGAAGGCAUACCGUGUGGUUUUGGAUGAGGUCACGCGUCUCAAACCGGUUUAUGAUCACGACGCGACAUAUCUACCGGACUGGUGUCUAGCCAGGUUCAUGCAGGGCGUUCUGCUUCGUUACCUUAAAGAACUAGACAAGGCCGAGGAAAUUUUCAAGGAAGUUAUUGAACAGGGACCGGUUUUGAAAGAAGAAAUCCAUUCAGCAGCGUUCUCAUCGCUCGAACUUGGCCUACUACUUAUUGAUCGUGGUCUUCUUGAAGAAGCUAAGGAAAGGAUCAAACUUACCAGGGCAUACCGUAGUUUCCCGCUAAGCAUUCCAGUAUCAUUCAAGGUUCAUUCAGCGUACAAACAGGUCAAAAAGUUGCUCCAAGAACAUCCAUGGGAUCAGAAGGGAUCGCUGUAAGAUUAUUCCUUUCAAAUACUAGACGAAUGAAUAACGUUGAACCAAGACAAACAAAAUUUACGAGCCUCCAGAUGAAUGUGAUCUAAACAGGUUCUUUUCUUAGAGAAAAGUGCAAAUAUUUACAAAUAACUCUGCCGAACAAUAGAACGGGCGGUCUCUAGUAUUCCGCAUGUUUACCAACAGAUAAUGAAAGUAAAGGACAAAAGUUAAAGCACGUUAAAAGUUCCCGAUAUCGUACUCGUAUUACACACAAAUAAACAAAGGAUAAAAACGCGUAUAUUUUUACACAACUCGUUGCUUUCAUUAGAUGUGACAUGAAUCCGGAAGCUCCGAGCGAAUCCAACGUCAGAGGCAAAUGCCUAGGACGCUAACCAAGUGACCGCUUUAUUUUCGAUGACGAUUUAGGUAGGCGUGAAUUGAAACUUGUGUCAGUUCGGUCAACUUCCGUUUGCGCUAAUACGUAUUAUGUGCUUUCUUCCCUAUGCAAAUGACCUGAUAUUCUAUAGCUAAGUGAGAAAUAUGCCGUUAUUUUUUUCAGUACUGAUGCUAUUUGAUAGAAGUGUUUUAACAGAAGAAUGAAUAAAUAAAUAAAUAUGGUUUA